UGCUUAUUUUUUUUGCAAAAAUUUACGUGCGUUAAAUUACCAAAUUUAAAUAUAUUAUUUUUAUUAAUUAAUACUACUGAUGCAUCGUGGACUGUCGUAUUAUAUGAAGGAUUUUGCGUUUUUAUGAGAUGGAGUUUCCCUUCGAUAUAAAUAGUGUUUUCAAAACACCGAUUACGAAAAUUCACAACAAUUUGCUGCCAGAUGGCUUUCAAGGGGAUCGUAGACUGGCAGGAGAUGUCGCGAUGAAAGUUGGAGAAGUUAUCACUGCUUUAGGAGAAGCAUCUGCAAAUGCACAAGGUUUGUCCCAACCAAUAACCACAGGACAUAAGGUUAGAAAUCAAGAUCACAAUGUUUACGUCCUUACAGACCCAAAUGGUAGAGGGGGUCGAGGCACGGUGACUGGAAUUUUGAAAACGGGUAAGAAGAAUUUGUACGUUUUUGAUGACAAAGGUGAACACAAGCAGGUAAAUCCAACUUGCGUGUUAGAUUUCUAUGUUCAUGAGUCCCAACAGAGAGCAGGAAAAGGAAAACAGCUUUUCGAACAUAUGUUAAAGGAAGAGCGUAUACAGCAUCCGGCUCAGUUAGCAAUUGACAGACCUUCCUCCAAACUGCUGAACUUUUUGGGCAAACAUUAUGGGUUAACGAAUAGUUUACCACAGUCGAACAACUUCGUGGUUUACGAUGAAUUCUUCAAAGACCCGAAAACAGCGUCAAGACAAACAUCCAGACAUAACAGCGCACAACUUUCGAGGGCAAAUGGACUUCAAGAUCCAAGGAACACAAAUCAACCAACCUACCAGGGAAGGUAUGGAGCACCUAGACCGCCUUGCUCUAUGGGACAGAUAAUCCAUAAUAUGCCUGUAAAUAACGGCGUACUGACACAAGAACCUACUGGUUAUCGUAUGUAAGAGCAUAUAAACGUGCACAAAUAAUCCUGUUUUUCACUAAACCAAAAAGCCAAUCAUGUUAGUCGGUUCAUUGCACAAGACUUAGGUCUCUAAAAUUGAUGUAGUACUUAAUUUUAGUUAUAGUUUGAAAUUCUUAUUUAUUGGUUAAAAAGCACCAAAUAGUGUA